AUGCUGAACCAAGAACAGAAUGCUUCUCCGUUUUUGAGAAACAAGAACAAAACUGUGUUUAAGACAAAUUCCGUGAAGCCAAAACCCAAACCCAAGCCUACACCAGUAGAUGAUGAAUUUCGUAAGAACUUAAGACAGAAUGGAAAGUUGAACUGGAAGAAGGCACCAAAGGAAAUUAAGGUCAGAUACUACGGAAUGUAUGCAAUUUUGUUUUCGAUUCCAAUAUUGGCCAUUUCUACCUAUGAAAUGUACCGUAGGCUAGAGGGUAAAUCGACUAAAAAGGUUCAAGAAGGUGAAAUCUUGGAAGAUAAGACGGUGAGAAAGUUCGAUGAAGUUGAAAAAUGGGAAGUCGAGAAGAAAAGUUUAAUGUACAGGCUAUUUGGUCGUGAUUUCUUUUUGGAUGGGUUUACUAGUAAGACUAUGAAGAAAGAGGGUAAAGAGCAGGAUAUAAGGGGACUGGAGCUGGACGUUAAAUAA